AUGCCGCCUGCCAACUCGCCAUCUGAUACUCGGCCCUCGACUCCUCCUCACAAUCCCUACCUGCUACAAAUCGAAGAAGCCAUUGCCACUCCUGUGCCCGACCUCGCCUCUACCCUGAACCUUAACUCGCCCGAUCCAGGUUCACAGAACGAGAGAUGGGCAAACCGCCCGCGGACUGAAGCCAGCGAGGCUGAAGGUUUCAAUCUACAACGAGCUGGCACUAGUAUGGCCGAACUCACAGAAGAAGAGUUCCAAGAGUGGGCUGCUGAGAGUCAGGGGAGGAGGACUGCCACGCAGGCUCGAAGAGACGAAGUGAGAGGGUUAAGAGAAGAGAGAGACCCUCCAGUUCGCGUGUCCAUUGCCGAUACCGCGGAGAGUCUCAUGUUUUCCAGACAGCGCCCGCCUGACUUCGGAACCACCCCGACAAUAGCACAUUACUCUGACGACAGCGACGCAGAUAUGGAACCUCUGAGAUUUGCAGCAUCUCAUAGCUCCACCGCCAGUUCAAGGAGCCAAUUUCUGCGCCUUGAAGGUGUUCUGCAGCGUUUUAGAUCAAUUCGUGGUAACCUGAGGUAUCCCAGAAACUCUGAUAUGGGAGCGGUGCCCACAGCCAGUGCCCUACGAGCCUUCUGGAACGAGGAAGCUGACGACGACUUGACUGUCACGAUUCCUGGCGUACCGGGUUACUCCUCUGCCCAACGAAGAGAGCCUGUCCCAAGAGUCAGACAUUCCCAGAUCGGCCGAGAGCCCGCUGAGUCUGGAUCUGCGGCCCCAUCUAGCCCGAGACGAUACGAUGCUUUCAGGCGGGUGAGGAAACUGAUUCGCUAUCUCUCCCAGCUAAGACAUACUGGUAUAGAAGGUGGUCUCGAAGCAGCCAGAGAACUAGGGCUUGACUCCUUGUACGCAUCGGACGACUCCUAUGCCCCCAGUGACCUUCCCAUGCACAUUAACAGUCUUCCUGUCCCGCAGUACAGUUCUUGGCUACAAGCCGGAAUGGUUUGGCAUGGUCUGCAGUCCACAGAACGCGAACCAAUCCGCGCCUCUUCUGUCUCGGCUGCAAAUUUUCGGCGCGAAAGACAACGCGAGCUGAUACGCAGAACCAUAGCUCGACGGAGGGAAAGGUCUCGUGGCACCGGCGGCAACGACGAGGCUGCAGAGUUUGACACUCAGACGCUGGUUGUUGCAGAAAAUUACCUCUCGGAUUUAAUAUUGCAGGACACCAGUGGUCGAUGGGGUUCCUUUCAACGUUCGACCCCAUCGUUGUCUUCUCACCCUACACGGACCGCUUCUCAGCCUGCUGAGCCUGAUCACUGGCCGGUUAAGGUGGCGAUUCAUUCCGUAGACUGGGAAGCCAUGACAGUAACCGGGAUAAUGUCCGCGAGCCAGAUGCCGGAGAAGCUCCCUUCCCUAUACCAGCCUGAUGCUCUACACCAAGGCGCGACCACCGGCGCGACAACCUGCAUGUCCAGUUUCUUCGUGGGAGAGAUUAUCGAUUUUCGACGACAGCCUUUGGAGACGGAGAAAGAGGGCCGAGAUUACGAAGUGGGUGGUCUCGGCGUGGACGCGCGGUACUGGGAACGCCUAGGACCUUUCAGAAAAGAAAUCGAGCGAAUUCGACAUCUGCGGGGAAAGAAAAGAAGCGAGUAUCAGCAGCACAGCGCACUUUGGGACGCGUUCCGCAAAGCGGCUGGUGGGGAAGGCGAGAACAAGGACUCGCAGAGUCCCUCGGACGCACCCUCCCCUUCGACAGAGGACACGACCGUCGACGACUCACCCAUGAAGGUUUUCGAGACUCCAGAGGACAAGGAAGCCGAGGGCGACGAGAUUAUGGCCCGCAGCCUGGGCAGUGCAAAGUGGAUUGAGGAGAAGCUGGGAAAAGAGUGGAUUCUAAUGCGCUGGAAGGAACGAUGUUUUGUGACGCCUCCAGGAACUUCUACAAAUGCAAGGCCUACAAAUGGCAGUUCUACGAGGACCAUCUUCACCACGGCUCCUUCCGGGGCAGGGCGGUCAACCGGGCGCGGACCAGGCGGAAAUAGCAAUGGAUCUACAUCGUGGGGACUGACGAUUGCGGGCUUCUACUACAUCGCCUUGAACCGUCUCACGGGGGAAAUUGACGGGCUGUAUUACGAUCCUGGAUCUCAACCCUACCAAACUAUCAAGAUGCUACCAGAGGGCACAACGGUGGCACAAGCCCAGCCCUGUGGCUGCGGGGAGCAGGAUUGCAGAGAGCCGGUUGGGGUCAAGAAAUGGUUUCCGGCCGUCGAGUUUCGGUAA